UGCACCCCAAAGUGGAGGCCAUGCGUUGGAAGAAAGGCGACCCCUCGCUCCCCCCCUCUGUGUGCAGCAUCCCAUGCCGUACAGGCGAAAGGAAGAAAGUGGUGAAAGGUGUGCCGUGCUGCUGGCAUUGUGAGCGCUGCGAGGGAUACCACUAUCAGGCAUCAGAGUUCACCUGUGAGCUUUGUCCCUACGAGAUGCGACCCGAUGUCAACCGCACCGGCUGCGUUCCCAUCCCCAUCAUCAAGCUGGAGUGGCAUUCCCCCUGGGCCGUCUUCCCCGUCUUCAUAUCCAUGCUGGGCAUCAUCGCCACCUCCUUCGUCAUCGUCACGUUCGUGCGGCACAACGACACGCCCAUCGUGCGAGCGUCCGGGCGGGAGAUGAGCUACGUGCUGCUAACGGGAAUCUUCCUGUGCUACGCCAUUACGUUCCUGAUGAUCGCGACGCCUGAUGUCGGGGUGUGUUCCCUCAGGAGGAUUUUCUUGGGCUUGGGGAUGUGUUUCAGCUACGCAGCGCUGCUAACCAAAACCAACAGGAUACACCGCAUCUUCGAACAAGGGAAGAAGUCUGUAACAGCCCCCAGGUUAAUCUCUCCCGCCUCCCAGCUGGCCAUCACCUUCUCGCUCAUCUCAGUCCAGCUGCUGGGCGUCUUCGUCUGGUUCGCGGUGGACCCCCCCCACACGGUGGUGGAUUACGGCGAGCAGCGGACCCAGGAUCCGUUGUCGGCACGCGGCGUCCUCAAGUGUGACAUCUCGGACCUGUCGCUCAUCUGCUCCCUGGGUUACUCCAUCCUGCUGAUGGUGACGUGCACGGUUUACGCCAUCAAGACGCGAGGCGUGCCCGAAACAUUCAACGAGGCCAAGCCCAUCGGAUUCACCAUGUACACCACCUGCAUCAUCUGGCUGGCGUUCAUACCCAUCUUCUUCGGAACGUCACAGUCCGCAGAAAGGGAUGACGAGCCGAUCACAGGAGGGGCUGAUGGCAGACACCACACCCGCAUCCGGAAGUUCCUCAGCCAGCGGCACAAGAAAUUGCCAUGGAAACCGGAGACUCCUGCUGCAUCGAGGCAAAUAAACCUUUCAGAUAAAAGGAAGCGCAGAAGGUUUGCUUUCCUCAUCCGUCCUAAUUACCAGCACUAA